AGUGGGAGCCAGUGGGCUGGAGUGGUAGCACCGAGUGCCGGGCGAGCCGGGCCCUAGCGGGCCAUGGGCUGCUGCCAAGACAAGGCCUUGAAAACCUCCAAUGGGAAGUCCAAGGCGUCCAGAAAGGAGGCAGUCGAGGAAGACGCCGAGGAGGUCGAUGUGAACUCGUCGGACCACCGGAAGCCCAAGUCCAACGAAAGCCUUUUGAUCACCGUGCUGUGGCGGCGGCUGUCCUUGUUCAGCCGUCGGGACUCGCGGACAACCAAGAGGCAGUCAAUCAAGCAUGGGUGUACGUUCCAGGAGAACAACCCGGAGGAAAUCCGGGAGGAGCCGGAGAAGGGAUGACCCCAGCCCGGCUCUCGGUCCUCCCCAGCUUCCAGAGAAUAAAGUUUCUAACGUGUACUA